AUGGGGAAGUCCAAUACUUUGACGCACGAGGAGAUCUGGGAUGAUUCUUCCCUAGUGAGAUCGUGGGAUGAUGCCGUGGAGGAAUACCAACUCUAUCACAGCAUCCAUGCCAAGGGAGAGAAUGUCGAAGAUGUUCUGAGAGAAGCAGAAGAAGCGGGUCUUACUGAGGGAGACCAUGUUGCCGAUGAUGAGGAAGUGGAUGUCCAAGAUGUUGUUAUGGAGUGCGAACCCGAGGACUCCAAGGUAUCCGCUCCAGAUGUCACUCCUUCGCCCAAGGUAAGUUCUUAUCUAUUUUGCGGUUCAAUGAGAAUGUUGUCUGACAAAAUUAAAGUUCAAGAUGAAAGUCUGAAACGGCUCAUGAUGGCUUGGUACUAUGCUGGGUAUUACACAGGACUCCAUGAAGGGCAGCAACAAGCCAAUCAGACAAAGAGCUAA